GCUGAAAGAGAAACUACGAUGUCCUUAAAGCCGCGGGUGGUGGAUUUUGACGAGACAUGGAACAAGUUACUGACCACAAUCAAGGCUGUUGUGAUGCUCGACUAUGUGGAAAGAGCCACGUGGAAUGAUAGAUUCUCUGAUAUUUAUGCAUUGUGUGUUGCGUACCCCGAGCCUUUGGGGGAAAGAUUAUACACAGAGACCAAAAUAUUUCUUGAGAAUCAUGUCAGACAGUUGUAUAAGAAAGUUCUUGAAUCUGAGGAGAAGGUUUUAGUGAUGUACCACAUGUACUGGGAGGAGUACAGCAAAGGUGCUGACUACAUGGACUGCUUGUACAGGUAUCUCAACACACAGUUCAUCAAGAAGAACAAGCUAACAGAAGCCGACCUGCAGUAUGGCUACGGAGGAGUGGACAUGAAUGAGCCGCUCAUGGAYAUCGGAGAAUUGGCYUUGGAUAUGUGGAGAAAGCUGAUGAUCGAACCCCUCCAGGCCGUUCUCAUCCGGAUGUUGCUGAAUGAAAUCAAAAAUGAUCGGUGCGGCGAGAACCCCAACCAGAAGGUAAUCCAUGGGGUCAUCAACUCUUUUGUUCAUGUUGAACAGUACAAGAAGAAGUUUCCACUAAAGUUUUAUCAAGAAAUCUUUGAAGGGCCUUUUCUGAUAAAAACAGGAGAGUAUUACAAACAGGAAGCCUCCAAUCUUCUGCAGGAAUCUAACUGCUCACAGUAUAUGGAGAAGGUUUUGGCGCGGUUGAAAGACGAAGAGGUCCGAUGUCGGAAGUACCUGCACCCCAGCUCUUACUCCAAAGUCAUUCAUGAAUGCCAGCAGAGGAUGGUGGCAGAUCAUCUGCAGUUCUUGCACGGGGAGUGCCAGAGCAUUAUUCGACAGGAGAAGAGAGACGACAUGGCCAACAUGUAUACCUUGUUGCGAGCUGUGUCCAGUGGGUUGCCUCACAUGAUUCAGGAGCUGCAGGCCCACAUUAACAACGAGGGCAUCAGAGGCACCAGUAACCUCUCUCAGGAAAACAUGCCAACUCUGUUUGUGGAAUCAGUUCUGGAAGUUCACAGCAAAUUUGUUCAGCUCAUUAACACAGUUCUAAAUGGAGAUCAGCACUUUAUGAGUGCUCUCGAUAAGGCUUUGACGUCUGUAGUGAACUUCAGGGAGCCCAAGUCCAUCUGCAAAGCCCCUGAACUUCUGGCAAAAUACUGUGACAAUCUGUUGAAAAAAUCUGCAAAGGGAAUGACAGAAAAUGAGGUGGAGGAUAAGCUGACCAGCUUCAUCACAGUGUUUAAGUACAUAGAUGAUAAGGACAUCUUUCAAAAGUUUUAUGCCAGAAUGUUAGCAAAGCGGUUAAUACACGGUUUAUCAUUGUCAAUGGAUUCAGAAGAAGCCAUGAUCAACAAACUAAAGCAAGCUUGUGGCUAUGAGUUCACCAGCAAACUUCACAGAAUGUACACAGACAUGAGUGUGAGCGCUGACCUCAACAACAAGUUCAACAAUUUCAUCAAGACACAGGAGACGGUGGUGGACCUGGGAAUCAGUUUCCAGAUCUAUGUGUUACAGGCCGGAGCUUGGCCUUUAACACAUGUCCCUUCGUGCACCUUUGCCAUCCCUCAAGAGCUAGAAAAGAGUGUGCAGAUGUUUGAGAGGUUUUAUAAUCAGCACUUCAGUGGGAGAAAGUUGACUUGGCUGCACUUUCUCUGCACAGGUGAGGUAAAGAUGAACUACCUGUCCAAGCCUUAUGUUGCCAUGGUGACUACGUAUCAGAUGGCUGUGCUGCUAGCCUUCAACAACAGCCAGACAGUGACAUACAAGGAGCUGCAGGACGGCACCCAGAUGAACGAGAAGGAGCUACAGAAAACCAUCAAGUCCCUGCUGGACGUCAAGAUGCUCAACCACGAUUCACAAAAAGAGGAAAUUGAAACAGAGUCAACGUUUUCACUAAAUAUGAAUUUUACUAGUAAAAGAACAAAGUUCAAGAUAACUACGUCGAUGCAGAAAGACACCCCACAGGAGAUGGAGCAGACGAGGAGCGCGGUAGACGAGGACCGAAAAAUGUAUUUACAAGCUGCUAUAGUGAGAAUCAUGAAGGCUCGCAAAGUGCUGCGACACAACGCCCUCAUCCAGGAG